AUGUCUGACGUGCUCAGCGCGUUGCUUGAUCACUUGAACGUCACUCAGACCACUAUUGUUGGUCACAGUAUGGGUACCCUCGUGGCGCUCGCGAUGGCCCAGCGUUAUCCGCAGCAGGUGCGGCAGAUGGUGUUGCUGGGUACCUCAAGCCCGAUGCCCGUCGGUCCACCGUUGCUGGCUGCCGCGGCUGAUGGGCAUUAUGCCGCAAUCGAUAUGGCCAACGCCUUCAGCCACAGUCGCCAGGGUAUGUUGGGGGCUUCAGCGAAUCCUGGGAUGCAUAGUUUUAAUGCGGCCGAGCGCUGGAUGGAACAUCUGUCUGCGGGAGUUUUUCAUGCGGAUCUGGCUGCCUGUAACGAUUUCAAGUUUAAAAGUGAAAACUGCGCAAUCCCGACGCUGGUUGUGGUUGGUGAGGCAGAUAAGAUGACGCCGGCAAAAGCAGGUCUUGCGGUGGCAACGCAGUUAUCAAAUGCGCGUGUGCACUCUCUGCAGGGGUGUGGACAUGCCAUGCUGACCGAGCAACCGAAUGCGGUGUUAGAUGCAUUAUGGCUGGCGGCAGGUCUGUGGGUAGGCACCCAUCUGGGUAUUUCGAGUUCACCGCUGCGAGGUGUGCUGGUGCGGUUGAUGGGGCAGGGCAUGUAUAUGCUGUUUUACUCGCUGGUGGCAGCGGCUGCAUUGACCUAUUUUAUCUGGGUUUACGUUCAGGCGCCCAGGUUUGACUAUCUCUGGAUGCCUGACCCUGACUUGUACUGGUAUGCAAAAUUAAGCAUGCCGCUGGCGAUGAUGUUUUUGGUUGGUGGUUUCAUGGCGCCAAAGAACGCUGACCCCCAACUAAGUGAGGUUGAACUCGUCCGCGGUGUCUUCAGAAUCACCCGCCAUCCCAUGCAGUGGGCCAUCAUCAUCUGGGCGGUGGGCCAUAUUAUUGCCAAUGGGGAUACCGUCUCUCUGCUUUUUUUCAGUGCUUUCCUGUCGCUGAGUUUCUUUGGCACUUUGCUGAUGGAUCGUAAACAGGCUCAGGCGGAUCCGGAGAAGUGGCAGCAACUGGCUCGGGUGUCGUCGAAUAUUCCGUUCGCUGCCCUGUUAACCGGUCGCAACCGCUGGGCGAUCCGGGAGUGGCUGUUGCCUGUUGUGGUUGGCUCUGUGAUUUAUGCGCUCGCCUACUACUUCCAUGAAUUUUAUACCGGUGCGGUGGUUGUUUAG